GAUAUUGUUGUCUAACUAUCCCAGAGGCAUGUCUUAAUAGAGAAGUGAAAGUGAAAUUACAAAAAAAAAAACGUGCACUUAGUGAAUCUGUAAAAUGGCUGUUGAAGCUUCAUCUCUCGAGCAGGAGCUCUCUUGUGCCAUUUGCUUAGACUUCUUUAAGAAUCCUGUUGUUCUGCAGUGCAGCCACAGCUUCUGUAGAGACUGUCUGCAGAAGUUCUGGGAAGAGAAGAAAUCUCAGGAUUGUCCAGUAUGCAAGAGGCAGUCCGCCAUGACAGAUCCUCCUUUAAAUCUGGCUUUGAAAAACAUCGUGGAUAACCAUCUAAAACACAAGAGUGCAUCUCGCUGCGAGCUUCAUGGAGAGAAACUUCUACUCUUCUGUGAGGACGAUCAGGAUCUCCUCUGCGUGGUCUGUCAGACUGCAAAGAAGCACAGAAACCACCAGCUCUGUCCAGUGGAAGAAGCUGUACAGGAUAAGAAGGUGGAUCUCAAAUCUUCACUGAGUCCAUUAAAGGAAAAGCUAGAGAAGUUUGCAAAAGUUAAACAAGAGUCUGUGAAAACAGCCAAAUACAUCAAGAAUCAGUCCCAGUACAUUGAGAAGAGGAUAAAGGAGGAAUUUGAGAAACUCCAUCAGUUCCUGAGAGAGGAAGAGGAGGCCAGACUUGCUGUACUGAGAGAGGAAGAUGUGCAGAAGAGCCAGAGGAUGAAGAAGAAGAUAGAAGACAUCUCCAAACAGGUCUCUACCCUGUCAGAGAAGAUCAGAGAUACUGAGAAGGCCAUGGAAGCUGAGGACAUCUCAUUCUUGAAGGCCUACGAGGACACCAAAGAAAGAACCCAGUGCUCACUGCAGGACCCAGAGUUGCCUUCAGGGGAGCUGAUAGAUGUGGCCAAACACCUGGGUUCUCUGAGUUUCAGAGUCUGGGAGAAGAUGCUGGAGAUUGUGCAGUACACUCCUGUGACUCUGGACCCAAACACUGCAGGCCCCUGGCUCUCUGUGUCUGAUGAUCUGAUCGGCGUGAGAAAUACUGGAAUGAAACAGCAACUUCCUGACAGCCCAGAGAGAUUCUACCCCUGUGUUUGUGUGCUGGGCUCUGAGGGGUUUAACUCAGGAAAACACAGCUGGGAGGUGGAUGUGGGAGACAAAACUGAGUGGGAUCUAGGAGUAGCAAAAGGAUCUGUUAACAGGAAAGGGGGGAUUAUAUGCAAACCGGAGGAUGGAAUCUGGGUUGUACUUCUGAGGAAUGGUAAUGAGUAUAAAGCAGGCACCUCACCACGGACCUGGUUGAGACUGGAGCGGAAACUGCAGAGUAUCAGAGUGCAGCUGGACUAUGACAGGGGGGAGGUGUCCUUCUUCAACCCCGCUGACAUGUCACUCAUCUACACCUUUAAAGACACAUUCACUGGGACACUGUUUCCAUUUUUCAGUCCAUGUUUAAUAGAAGGUGGUAGUAAUGCUGGAGCCCUGAAGAUCUGCUCAGUAAAGGUGUCUGUGACAAAAAUGUUAUCCCAGUAAGGAUGCCUGUGUUUUAUUGUUUAUACUGUCUGAAGUGGGAAAACUGGGAUGUCCUGGGACAAGCUGAAGUAUCUGUUCCCUCGCUAGGGUUGGGUUUAUACUGUAAGGAGUGGAAACAUUAUAAAGUAAAAGUUAUCUUGGCAUCUAGGUUGGCAAGAUGGUGCCUGUGUCUGGCUGCUGCUGCUGUCAUAUCUCGUCUGUUUUUGUCUUGUCUAUCUUAUUUUGACAAUGCUUCUGUUUGCCUUUGAUAUCUCAGCAUCUUUUGUUUACUAUCUCCAAAUAUUGCCACAAAUCAGAGACGUUAUUGACGGUGUGUCGGCAUCCAGGAUCUUUCCGCUGCCUGUGUUGAUAACUGGCUUGGGGGCAGCGGAUGGCUCACUGGCCUAAGCCUCCAUCCCUGUGAUUAGAAGGUUGCCAGUUCAAGCUUGGCCUUGGCCUGUCUGUGAGUCUUUGUGCAAGACCCUUAACCCCCAACUCCCUGGGUGCUGCAACAGGUGACAUCCCUUCAUGACCAGCUUGCUCUCACCUACAGAGAUCACACUGGGGAAGUGAUUUAAAGAGAAUAUCCCCUUGGCGAUCAACAAAGUUUCAAUUAUCCCAAUCUUUUGCGAUAUGGGGAUACUGGAAGCCGAGACCAGGGUUAUCAAUGAAGAGAUGCCAUAUAAGGAGGAGAGGGCUGGUACAGGCCUGGUCACCAGGUUAAAUCUCAAUGAUGGAAAGAAGCGAUUAUUCAUAACACCGAGACUGUCUCCUCUGCAUUAGGCUGUUUCAGGCCCCAUUUUGUUGUCAUGGAUUCUGCUACUGGAAAUGGAUCUGCCCUGUAAGAAUGACAUGUCUUCGGGUGCUGUUCCCUGGCUCUGGUAGUGGUCUGGUAGAUCUGCAGCUCCCUUGCCUGUUUUGCUUGGGAUCGCUGGGGUUGAAAUUGGCAGGAUGAGGGAGUUGUGUGACUGGUUGCUCCUACACAAAAUUUUGAUUGCUCUGUUGCUGACGGAAAGAGUUUCAUUAUGAAAAUGUGUCUCAUCAAUGCUUGUUCCUUAAGCUCAUGUUUAAAAUAACUUGUUUAUUAGGGAGAACUUGGACUUUGCUUGUUACAGAAGCAUGGCAAUGGAACUUGGAAUUCAGUGAGUUAUGUCCAGCGGACUGUUACAUCAGAUCCCUGUGGCUGUCAGGAAAAGGUGAUGGACUUGCUGUGACCUGGAAUAAACGUUUAUUUUUUCAUGGCAGUUAGUAAGCACUGUGUUCUAUAGUGGAUGAGCAAGAAUGUUGGCUGUCUUCAGCAUCAAUGUUGUAAAACAGAAAGACUAUGGAAAAAAAACUGGCUUGGAUAGGCAUCACCUAUUUCUAAAGGAUCUCCUACUUCUGAUACUUUAAUACAGGAAGUACCCUGGGCAUAUUUUACUAAAUAAAUCUCCUCAUCCAAUCAAGAUCGUAACAUUGAGAUUGACGUUAUCAAUAGUAUUGUAAACCCACAUACUGCCUUGCGGGGAGCAUAAGAGGACUUUUGAUCGGACAAUCCAGACUUUCAUUAACAGAUCCUAUAUACACCCCUAAUGUCCUUGAGGGUGAUUUAUAUCUGUAAGCUAAGAAUGCGUCCAAGUAUGUUUAAAGUUCAUUUAAACGAAAAAAUAAAGAAUGAUAUUCAUAA